GCAGGUGUGUAGAACAACAUUAAAAAUAAAUAUAAAAUCUUGCCUCAUUAUGCAAGAAGAGCAAGUAAAAUUAAUUUGUUUGGUUAUCGCUUGCUCAAUUCACGGUCCAUUUUCUAUAUAUGUAAACCGAGCCAUCUCGAAACGAAAGGCCACAACACAGCUUACUAAGAGCAAACACAUAACAAACUUUUUCUUCUCUUCUUUCCACUGUUUAGGGAAAUCUCCAAUGAAGAAUUUAAAGAUGUUUUUCUUCAAGAUCUUGUUCAUCUCAUUAAUGGUAGCAUUAUCCAUGAAAGGAUCUGGGAUCAACUUAGAAGAUCUACAAAACUUUUUUCACCAUAACCUAGAAACCAUAACCCUUCUUUCAUUUCCUCUGCUUUUCCUGUUGACCAUCUACAUGUUAAGCCGACCCAAACCCGUUUACCUCGUCGACUUCUCCUGCUACCUCCCACCGUCCCAUCUCAAGGUCAGUGUCAAAACACUGAUGGAACAUGCGAGACGUGCAAGAGAAGCAGGCGUGUGUUGGAAGAACAAAGAGAACGACUAUUUGAUUGAGUUUCAGCAGAAGAUUCUUGAACGUUCCGGUCUCGGUCAAGAAACAUGUAUCCCCGAGGGUCUCCAAUGCUUCCCGCUUCAGCAGGGUAUGGCGGCUUCACGUAAAGAGACGGCGGAAGUCAUAUUCGGAGCGCUUGACAAUCUCUUCCGCAACACCGGUGUUAAGCCUGGCGAGAUCGGUAUCUUGGUGGUGAAUUCUAGCACAUUUAAUCCAACUCCAUCACUUGCUUCCAUGAUUGUUAACAAAUACAAACUCAGAGACAACAUCAAGAGUCUAAAUCUUGGAGGAAUGGGUUGCAGUGCUGGAGUCAUAGCCAUUGAUGUUGCAAAGGGAUUAUUACAAGUUCAUAGGAACACUUACGCCAUCGUAGUAAGCACAGAGAACAUCACUCAGAACUUGUAUCUGGGGAAAAACAAAUCAAUGCUAGUCACCAACUGUUUGUUCCGGGUCGGUGGCGCCGCUAUUCUGCUCUCUAACAGAUCUAGAGACCGGGCACGCGCAAAGUACGAGCUUCUUCAUACCGUAAGGAUCCAUACCGGAUCUGAUGAUAGGUCCUUUGAGUGUGCAACACAGGAAGAAGAUGAAGAUGGUAUAAUCGGAGUUACCUUGACAAAGAAUCUACCAAUGGUGGCUGCAAGGACUCUUAAGAUCAAUAUCGCCACUUUGGGUCCUCUGGUUCUUCCAAUGAAAGAGAAGCUAGCUUUCUUUGUGACAUUCCUCAAGAAGAAGUAUUUUAGGCCGGAGUUGAAAAACUAUACCCCGGACUUCAAACUCGCCUUUGAGCAUUUCUGUAUCCAUGCUGGUGGAAGAGCUCUAAUAGAUGAGCUUGAGAAGAAUCUUAAGCUGUCUCCAUUACACGUUGAGGCGUCUAGAAUGACACUUCACAGGUUUGGUAAUACUUCUUCGAGCUCGAUUUGGUAUGAGUUGGCUUAUACAGAAGCUAAAGGAAGGAUGAAGGAAGGCGACAGGAUUUGGCAAAUUGCUUUGGGAUCAGGUUUUAAGUGUAACAGUUCUGUUUGGGUGGCUCUACGAAACGUUAAGCCUUCGGUUCACAAUCCGUGGGAAGAUUGUAUGGACAGAUAUCCGGUUGAGAUUGAUAUUUAAUUUUGUGGUUUAGGCCAUGUUGGCUAUUUUAUCGAACUAUCUAUCUUUGUUUGGUUUGUGGACCAUUUCUUACGUUUGUUCUUCAGAGUUUCGCAUCGUAUGUUUAUUCAUGUCUCAUGGUUGUUUUUGUAUGGUACUUGUUCAAGUAAGAAUUGAUGGAUGUUAUAGAAUAUUCUUUA